ACAUACGGUGGUGUGGGAGUAUCUCAGCUAAAUAUUCCAGUUGUAACGGAGCAGCGAUGUCUUCUGUUCAGUAUCUGAGAGACUUUGUCACCGAGCGACUAACUGCUGCUGCUGAAGAAAUAUUCGGAGUCUUUGAAAAAACCAUCGUCGAGUACGAGGCAGAGGUCGAUCGUCAGCGCAGACUGCUGGAUAUCGUUUGGCAACCUGAAAUAAAGUUACACAGGAUAGAGCUCCCACAGCAGCAUGUCUGUCAGGAGGAGGAGGUUCUCAGUGACCAGCAGCUCUGUGACCAGGAGAGGAACUCCAGCCUGGACCAAGAGGACCCAGAUCCACCACAGAUUAAAGAGGAGGAGGAGGAAACCUGCAGCGGUCAGGAGGGAGAGCAGCUUGUACUGAAGCAGGAGACUGAUGCCUUUAUAUUGACUCCUGAUUAUGAGGGAAGUGACCACACUGAACCAGAACCAGGCAGAGACCAGCAGCUCCUCUCUCACAGCUCUCCUGUAGAUGAGAGCCAAGAUCAGACAGGAAGCAAACAUGUGGACUCUGGAUUAACUAGAAAUGCAGAGACAAAGACACAGAAGACACAACACAACAACAGGAAUCACAGCAACAGUGUUUCCAACAAAGAGCUCCCACAGCAGCAUGUCUGUCAGGAGGAGGAGGUUCUCAGUGACCAGCAGCUCUGUGACCAGGAGAGGAACUCCAGCCUGGACCAAGAGGACCCAGAUCCACCACAGAUUAAAGAGGAGGAGGAGGAAACCUGCAGCGGUCAGGAGGGAGAGCAGCUUGUACUGAAGCAGGAGACUGAUGCCUUUAUGUUGACUCCUGAUUAUGAGGGAAGUGACCACACUGAACCAGAACCAGGCAGAGACCAGCAGCUCCUCUCUCACAGCUCUCCUGUAGAUGAGAGCCAAGAUCAGACAGGAAGCAAACAUGUGGACUCAGGAUUAACUAGAAAUGCGGAGACAAAGACACAGAAGACACAACACAACAACAGGAAUCACAGCAACAGUGUUUCCAACAAAGAGCUCCCACAGCAGCAUGUCUGUCAGGAGGAGGAGGUUCUCAGUGACCAGCAGCUCUGUAACCAGGAGAGGAACUCCAGCCUGGACCAAGAGGACCCAGAUCCACCACAGAUUAAAGAGGAGGAGGAGGAGGAGGAAACCUGCAGCGGUCAGGAGGGAGAGCAGCUUGUACUGAAGCAGGAGACUGAUGCCUUUAUGUUGACUCCUGAUUAUGAGGGAAGUGACCACACUGAACCAGAACCAGGCAGAGACCAGCAGCUCCUCUCUCACAGCUCUCCUGUAGAUGAGAGCCAAGAUCAGACAGGAAGCAAACAUGUGGACUCAGAAUUAAGUAGAAAUGUAGAGACAAAGACACAGUCAAGUCAACACAGCAACAGUGUUUCCAACACAGGUGAGAAGACUUUCAAAUGUGACACUUGUGGAAAAGGAUUUGAGAAUAAGAGCAAAUUCAAUGAGCAUCUGAGAGUCCACACAGGAGAGAAACGAUAUUGUUGUGAUAUGUGUGGGAAGCAUCUCAGAAGUAGAGAAGGCUUUUUGAUCCACAGAAGAACUCACACAGGUGAGAAACCGUUCUCCUGCAGCACCUGUGGGAGAAGAUUCGGCUCUAUGUCAACGAUGAAAAGUCACAUGAAAACUCACACAGGUGAGAAGCCAUAUUCUUGUCAAACUUGUGGGAAACGUUAUCCAUAUAAAGAAUAUUUGAAAGUCCACAUGAGAUCUCACACAGGUGAGAAGCCAUAUUCUUGUCAAACAUGUGGGAAGGGUUUUGCCAGUCAUAGUCACUUGAAUGACCAUAGAAGAACUCACACAGGUGAGAAACCAUACUGCUGCAGCACCUGUGGAAAAAGAUUCUCUUUCAGUUCAUCAAUGAAAGCCCACAUGAGAACUCACACAGGUGAGAAACCGUACUCCUGCAGCACGUGUGGAAAAAGAUUCACUGGGCAUUCAGAUAUGAAAAAGCACAUGAGAUCUCACACAGGUGAGAAGCCAUAUUCUUGUCAAACUUGUGGGAAACGUUAUCCAUAUAAAGAAGAUUUGAAUAUCCACAUGAGAUCUCACACAGGUGAGAAACCAUAUUCUUGUGAAAUAUGUGGGAAGAAUUUUGUGUCUCAUGGUAACUUGAGAAACCACCGCAGAAUCCACACGGGUGAGAAACCGUAUCCCUGCAACACUUGUGGGAAAAGGUUCUCUCGAUUGUCAGACUUUAAAAGUCAUGCAAGUGUUCAUACAGGUUAAAAGUCGUAUAUUUCAUACAAACUUUGAUUUCCAGCAGGCAGUGGAUGCAGUAGCAGCUGUUCAGGUUUAACAGACCUUUUAAUAUUUCUUUGCAUCGUAAAUGAAGAAACAGUCUGAGUGAAUGAUGAAUGAAAGGAUGUUUCUCUGCCUUUUCAUCUUUAUUAGUUAAUGAUAGCUAGGUAGAAAAAAAAAUCUAUUCAUUGUGGUGCUCAAAAGCUACUGGCAGCUAAGGGCAACUUUUAAGGCGGAAUGCUUUUUUCUGUGUCACUGUGCAUGAGUUGAGGUUGUGAAUCAAUGUGAGUCACUCAUGUUUUAUUCUUUCCACCUAAAGUUUUUUCCUUUUGUCCAGAACAUGUCCUUUCAUUUUAUCUUUUUAUGUAAUUUUGAUUUGAUCAAAAGUUGUUGAUUUUUUUUUUUUACUUCCUUUUAGAAAAUGUACCAUAUUAAUAAACUUGUAUUGUG